CACGGAAAGGCACAUGCAUUUGGCAUUUCAAUGGCUCCGCUUCCUCUCUGGCUGCCAUCUUACCCUCCAGUGGGUGAGGUGCAAAGGCCUCAGAAUCUUCCCUGAUCCGUCUGCGAGCUUGGCUUUCCGCUUUCGGUGCAUCUUGGCGACAGCGUGGCCGUGUAGAGUGUGUGGGAGAUGCCCAAAGAGCUGUCGUGAUGUCAUCGAUCCACACGGAUGCCGCCGCCCAUCUGUCUGAGUGACGCUGAUCUGACGCAUUGAGGUGAGAGAGGACAAGCAAGAGGGCCUACUGGCAUCAGCAAUGACAGUCUCCGCGACCUCUGUGUGUUUGUUGCAGAUUUCCGGCACUUUCAGUGGCGUCCAGCAACAGAGCGACAGUCAAAGGCAGCCGAGUAGCCAACUGAGGUACGGCAAGCGGAAGAAAGCCACUCAGAGGCUCACAGAUUGAUGAGGCGACACUCACCGCAUUCACUCAUAUGAUGUCCGUGCUGUGACUGUUUGCAGGUGUGCAGAUGUGACUAUGUCUGCUGCUGCUUCUGAAGGAGCCGGUGACUCUAUAGCUGACGAGCCAUCUUCAUCUGCUGCGCCGGCUGCUGUCAAUGGUAAGCAACCCCAUUCAGUGCAAAAUGACACAGUCCUGCCGGCACACAGCUCUCUCUCUCUUUCUCUCUGUGUGAGUGUAGCGGUCAAAGGUGGCGGUCAGCGAGAGAGUGUGCCCUUCUCGGCCGUCGCUGCCACAGUGACACCGGCUAUCGCCCAGUGCCUCAGCGGCAGUGAGUACGCCGGGAUGAUCGCUCUCAGCCGCAUCGAUAAGACCCUCCGCAACUCCCUCGCCCCAAUUCUGCUGCCUUUGCUGAUGCGCCUGUUGGUCGUCCUGCUGCCCACUAUCGGCCUCGAUUCUCUCGUCGUGUGGGUCAUCCCCCAGCUGCCGCUCCCUGAGGCACUCAGCCACGGCUGCUGCGUGGCAUACCUCAUCGAACAGCUCAGCCGGCGGCUGUGGAUGAUGGAGAGGGGCGGCAAGUGGGCCAGAUGGAAACCUGUGCUGGAGAUGCUGUAUCUGCUGAGAGGCAAGAGGCCACUGGUGCUGGGGGAUGACAACUUCGGCGUCUUCGGCAGCCGGGCGGCCUUCAUGAGUGAGAGGGAGGCGGUCCGCCAGUGGAAGAUACUCAGCUGGGGGGUCACUGUCAAUCAGGGAGGCCAACAGAGACUCUUGAUGGACGGCGAUAAUAUUCUCCUCCACUGGUAUGGCCAUCACUGGUAUACCUAUCAGCCCCCCACUCUCCUCGCCUCUGCCAGCCCCCUCUUCCGUCGUGCCGCAUUCGAUGCAUUCGACCCCACCGACCCGCCCACGCAGCUGGCCAGCUACCUGUACUCCAACUACACAUCCAUGGUGGCCUUCGAGCUGUUCCGCUGGCUGACCAAUAGCGGCCACAUCCGUCGCAUCAAAUCUUGCUCGUCUUUCCGUCGUGCUUAUGCUGAGUACCGGCGUGUGGGUGAGCUGCAGGCGGCCUCUCCCAGCGAUGCGGCGCAGUGGGGGGCGGGGGCGGCCGUAUUCAACGAAAUGAUGGAGGGUUGGAGGGGAUGGCAUUGCCGGCUGGUGGUGCUGGGCAGUGAGGCGAUGGGCGAGGGGCACAUGGCAGUCAUUCGGCUGGUGAGAGAUUCGGGCCGUACGAGUGACCGCUCUGUGGAGAUCUUCACGACCGAGUCGGCCCCCCACGACCACACGCGCACCGUUGUAAUGAGAGUGCUGGGGGACCACCUGGGGGGCAACGUGUGGGAUGAGCAGCACGAGACAGACAGAGAGAUCAUUUUCGUUGUAGAGUAGGACGCACCAGGCAGACUCACAGACAGUCUGCUGCCGUGGUGCUCUUGCGGUGUGAGUGUUCCCUUGACAGUGUGACAAGGCUGUGUGUACUAGUGGGAAGCAAAGGCUGUGUUGGAGUUUUUCCGUUGACCUCUUUGCCAUGUUUGGUGCAUGCUGUAGCAUUCCGGUCCUGGUGUGUGUGCGUGUCCGUCGUGACUGAGUGAAACGAGCGCACUUUUGCUCAUCCAUGAGCCGAAAACAUUCAGACUGCCGUGAGCAUUAUCGUUUGUGUGUGUGUGUGUGUGUGUCGAAGCACGCCACCACUGCAUUGAGCAAUAAUCAGCCACCAUCCCCCCC